AUGACUUCCGUUUUGCGGCAUGCGAAUUUCACUGGAUUUGUACGCCAAAAUAGAGGAUUUGAGUUAAUAUGUGUGAUGAAUAGUUGGCGUAACCCUGGGACUAGAAAGAUGCUGCGACAGCUCGGAAUCAGAGGACUUGGUUCAGUUUGUAGAAAUCAGAAACCUGUAGGCUGUAUUAACUCUAGGUUAUUACUGAAGAGGCAGAAGUUAACAACACAAGGCUACCUGUUAUGUGGUCCAUUAUCAACAAGGUUAAACAGUACAGUAGAGGCUACAAAAACUGGUGAUUUCUUACCACCCCCUGCAGAUUAUAUACCAGAACCUCCCCCAAUUCCCGAACCUGUACUGCCAAUAGAACCUGUCCUUAAUGCACUCGGUGAGCCAACAUUUACCAGUUUAGGACUGGGGGGCUAUUGGCCCAGUGGCUUGGUCCAGUCUGGUCUUGAGAUGUUACAUGUAUCUGGAGGUCUGCCUUGGUUUGCUGCCAUAGCAGUUGGUACAGUGAUCAUAAGAUGCUGUAUGUUCCCACUGGUCAUCAAGUCACAAAAGAAUGCAGCCAAGAUGCACAACCAUAUGCCAACCAUACAGAGACUACAGGCAAAGUUUACUGAGGCUAGACAACAGAAUAAUGCUAUGGAUGCUGCACGGUAUGGCAAUGAAAUGGUGGAAUAUAUGAAAAGAAAUGACGUGAAAGUGAUGAGAAACUUCCUUGUACCUUUAGCACAAGUGCCAGUGUUUAUAUCUGUGUUCUAUGGGCUGAGGGCAAUGGCUAACCUGCCUAUUGAGAGUAUGAAGACUGGAGGAUUGUUCUGGUUCACUGAUCUCUCCAUACCAGAUCCCUUCUACGUCCUACCUAUUAUCACAAUGCUUACCUUCCUCGUUACAAUAGAGUUGGGAGUUGACAGUGGAAUGAAGCUGAGCACUCAAAGCUUUAACAUGAAGUGGAUGUUCAGAUGUAUCCCUAUUAUAAUGGUUCCUGUUAUGAUCAACUUUCCAGCUGCUAUGCUGUGCUAUUGGCUGACCUCAAAUACUUUCUCACUCGUGCAAGUUAGUGUGUUGAAGAUCCCAGGUCUGCGGGACAAGCUGGGCAUUGAGAGGCUAGUGAAACAUGACAAUGCAGUACUCGCACCUAAGAAACCUUUCAUCAAAGGAUUCAAAGAUUCCUGGGAAAAUGCCAAGAUCAACCAGCAAAUGAAGGAAAGAGAGAGACUCAAUGAAAUGAAAUUCAAAAAGGCAGGUGUAGGAGCCGUGCCAAAGACAUAUAAAUAUGACCCAACCAAACCAAGGGGCUCAAAAACUAAAGAUGAAUUUAAGUGGAAAUGA